GAUUUAGAACACAGAAACGCAGAAAGAAGCAUUCUUGUUGAAUAAAUAAAGGCUAAAUAUUACAUUUUCUCUCUCUCUCUCUCUCUCUCUGGAUUUGAGAGAGAACAGAAGAGAGGGAAUGAAACCCGAGUUCACCUCUCUCUGUACCUGCUGCUGAUGCAAGAGAACCACAGUACUGGCUGAGAAAGUAGAUCACUGGAUAUGGGAACUUUGGCACGAAAAUCUAAGACGGCAAGCUCUGAUAUUUACCUAUAUUUGGGGCUUAAAGAAGUGAGAAAGGAGAAUCCAGGAAUACCACGGGUUCUAUCACUUAUUUCUUCAAUUCUUGAGAGAUCUGUUCAGAAAAAUGAAAUGCUAGUGGAGACUGCACAAAUUAAAGAUGUUGUCACAAUAUUUCAUGGUUCAAGAGCACCUUCUCUAGGCGUCCGGCAGUACAUUGAUCGCAUCUUCAAGUACUCCUGCUGCAGCCCAUCCUGCUUCGUUGUUGCGCACAUUUAUGUCGAGAGAUUUAUCCAACGGAUGAAUGUUCAUCUAACCGCGCUCAAUGUUCACCGGCUUCUAAUCACUAGCGUAAUGGUAGCAGCAAAAUUUAUCGAUGACGCAUUCUUCAACAAUGCUUACUAUGCAAAAGUGGGAGGAGUGAGCACAGCAGAGUUGAACAGAUUGGAGAUGAAAUUCUUGUUUGGUCUAGAUUUCCGGCUUCAUGUUAGCGUCCAAACGUUUGGGAACUACUGUUUGCAGGUGGAGAAGGAAGCAGGCGCUGGGAUCCAAAUUGAGCGACCGAUCCUGGCAUGUGGGAUCAAGGAGUGCUGGUCCAGCAAAGAUGAUUCUUCUUGUGCGUCCACGAUUGCUAGAUAAAGAUUAGCAGCAUCUGACUGUAUUAUUACAAAAAUCUCAUUCUGGGGCAUAUACCCAAGUUAGAAGAAUUGGAAGUUGAAUCAGUAGGUUCUACUGGAAAACCAGAUUGCUUGUUUGUUUUACCCGUCUUGCUUCUUCUCAUUUCCAAUGUAUAGCUUGUGAUCCAAUUUUUCUGUCUUGUCGCUCUCAUUUUCCUCGCAGCCGUCUGACUUUUUAGCUGGUCUUUGGUAACAUGAUUCAGCUGUAUGAAGCAAAGAUGAUGUUGCUUUUGAGUUUUGCUUCAGUUUGCCAUUACCCGGUUACGGUUAUUCAUUCAAGAAACUUGCUGA